ACGCCGUUUCUAUGCUUGACGCUGAAGAUGCUGCAGAUCCAGCCCGAGAAGGACAUCAUCGUGGAGUUCAUAAAAAACGAGGACUUCAAGUACGUGCGGAUGCUGGGGGCGCUGUACAUGCGGCUGACGGGCACCGCCAUCGACUGCUACAAGUACCUGGAGCCCCUCUACAACGACUACCGCAAGAUAAAGAGCCAGAACAGGAACGGGGAAUUUGAACUGAUGCACGUGGAUGAAUUUAUUGAUGAGCUACUCCAUGAGGAGCGUGUGUGCGACAUCAUUCUACCUCGAUUACAGAAACGAUAUGUUCUGGAAGAAGCUGAGCAACUCGAGCCUCGUGUUAGUGCUUUGGAAGAAGACAUGGAUGAUGUAGAGUCCAGUGAGGAGGAGGAAGAAGAAGACGAAAAGCUGGAGCGAGCACCCUCCCCUGACCACCGCAGAAGGGGCUACAGGGACCUGGACAAGCCCCGCAGGUCCCCGGCCGUGCGCUACAGGCGGAGCCGCAGCAGGUCUCCUCGAAGGCGAAGCCGCUCUCCAAAGAGAAGAAGUCCGUCGCCCCGCCGGGAGAGGCAUCGCAGCAAGAGCCCCAGGCGACACCGGAGCAGAUCCAGGGAGAGGAGACACAGAUCAAGAUCAAAAUCUCCAGGCCAUCAUCGGAGUCACAGACACAGAAGUCAUUCCAAAUCACCUGAAAGAUCUAAGAAAAGUCACAAGAAGAGUCGGCGAGGGAACGAGUGA